AUGAAUAUUAAUUCGUGUUCAAUUCAACCACUUAUCCCUAUUUGGAUGGUUAUAACUGGUUCUAUUCUACUUCUACCAACAUUUACUGCUUUUAUUUUUAUUAUUCUCUGCUUUCCAUUUUGUUAUUGUCAACAUUGUGACAAAACACUGUAUUACAAGUCAGCAACUCUUGUCUUAUUUGCUACGAGUGUACUUUUAGGAACAUGGAGCAUUCCGGUAAGUGUUAUGUCCGUAUUGUAUACAAUCAGUCACAAUUUAAAAGACAUAUUUUUUCAAUAA